AUGAGGAUACCCUUUUGGGCCUGUUUAUUCCUGUUGUGCUCCAUAUUUCCCAUUGAAAUCUUUGCACACAUCAAACGAGCUCCACCUUUUGAAGACGACACAGUAGCCACUCCGCCAGUGUCUCUGGGCAACUACACGCAAUCCCAUGAGGACAUUGAAAAAUCCACUUAUACCUGUACUCCCAUCGGCGAAUGUGAUGUGUGCACACCCAUCGAAAAAAAAACCGUUCCUUAUUGCAUGGAAUAUGGAAACAAAGAACCAGUACGAUGUGAAUGGGACGAUCCUACGUUAAACGAUAAAGAGCAUCAGCCAGAGGACUUUGACUCUGACGCCAUUCUGCUACCGUCAUUCCAAGGUUGCCGCCGUGUCAAGCGCCUUGAACGGUGGCGAUUUAUACGGUUCGAGACUAUCAAUGUUACCAUUGCUAUCUUGUCUCUGUUAAUCCUGGUAUGGCGUCAAAGAAAGAUAGCAGGUGAACAAUAUGAACGACUGGCGCAGCGAAUCGGUGUCUAG